CAGUAGAAGAAGAAUGAGAGAACCUACACAAGUUUGUCAUGAAGCAUAAGCACUCCACAGAAAGAGGCACGCAAAUCUAGUUUACCACCAAAUUUGUCUCAAAGGUUGUUUAUGAUGGACGCCGAUCCUCUGUCUCAGCCUGAACCUCGUGAUUAUUUGGAACCUUUCAGAGUUUCUGUCCAUCAAAUUCUGACCAGAGUCAACCAGCUUGAGAAGCAAGUGACUGAGGUUGAACAGUUCUAUGAAUCCACCGAUAACGUUCAAGGUAAUAAUUCUAAAGGUGUCUCACUUGUAAAAGAGAAGGGCAGGGAGAAGCAUCCUACUGGCACCAAAAAGCCUCUGCAAGAUGCAUCACAUACUGAAGCUGCUGCUGCAAAGAGAAUGCAAGAGCUUAUGCGCCAAUUUUCCACAAUAUUGCGUCAGAUAACUCAGCAUAAAUGGGCUUGGCCAUUCAUGGAUCCUGUUGAUGUAGAAGGUCUCAGGCUUCAUGACUAUUAUGAGGUUAUUGAUAAGCCCAUGGAUUUCAGUACAAUCAAAAGUAAAAUGGAAGCUAAGGAAGGCACAGGAUAUAAUAAUGUCCGGGAGAUAUACGCAGAUGUAAGGUUGAUAUUCAAGAAUGCAAUGAAAUACAACAAUGAAAAACAUGAUGUCCAUGUUAUGGCAAAGACCUUGCUAGAAAAAUUUGAGGAAAAAUGGUUGCAACUUUUACCUAAAGUUGCUGAAGAGGAAAAGAGACAAUUGGAGGAAGAAGCACAGGCACAGUUAGACAUUCAGCUUGCUCAGGAGACAACAUAUGCCAAUAAAGCUAAGGAUUUAAGCACUGAGCUUUAUGAGGUCGAUAUGCAGUUGAAGAGUCUCAAAGAAAUGGUGAUUCAAAAGUGCAGGAAACUGACUACUCAAGAGAAGAAAAUGCUUGGUGUAACUUUAGGCAAAUUGUCUUUAGAAAACCUCUAUAGGGCAUUGGAUGUAGUUGCUGAGACCAACCCAAUCUUCCAACCUUCUGGUGAUGAGGUGGACCUUGACUUAGAUGCUCAGAGCGACUACACUCUAUGGAGGUUAAAAGCUUUUGUAAAAGAUGCACUAGAAGAGCAAGAAAAGGUCGAUGAGGGUGCAGCUGUUAACCCUAAUGAUAACCCUGAUGACAAGAAGAACAAGAAGAGAAGAGACUCUGGUGAUUCUUCAGGCAAGACAAACCCAAAAAGGAAGAAACUAUCUGCAUUAUGAUUCAUUAGUGAUACAUAGGAGGCAUUCAUUUAUUGUGGUUGAGCUGAAGUUGCUGAAGCCAGUAAAUUGAAUGAUGCAAUAGGAAAAUUUUGUAAAUCCUUCUUAUAUAUUUACUGCUAUGUAGAUGAAAAUAAAAUUUAAAAGUGUGCUUUGUAGGAAAGGUCUGCUUUUGGAAGCAGACAAAACUUUUGCAAUUCUGAGAACAGCUUGUAGUGAGUCAAGGAUCUGGGUCUGGUUAAGUUAUCUUGCUGUUCUGAGGAUAAUGUCAAGUUUCAGAAAAGAAUUAAGGCAUCUAUGCAUGUGAAUGGCCUAUUUAAUUAUGUCCAGAAGCAUAGAAAUGGAUGGAGCACCUUUGAUAAAAUCAAGUUUAUUUUUAAACUUUU